AUGAAAGGACUUGUACUAUUAACGCUGCUUGUCGCAAGCACGGCCCUGUUGGCUGAGGGACAGAACAUUAACGUCUCGAUAACGGGCAACGCGGACGGUACGGUUACAGUCGCAACUGCUGACGGUUCGCAGAGCGUUACCAUAGCGGCCAACUCUCCGAACCUGCUUACGCAAUUAACUGCCAUUAUCAACACCAUCAUUGCCAAUGCCUCUACAACGACUGUCGCGCCAGCGGCUACUACUGCAACCGCAACGGCCACUGCUGCCACGACUGUAGCCACUACGGCUGCUACAACAGCAGCAACAACGGCCGCCACUACGGUUGCCACAACGGCAGCAACUACCGCAGCGCCGACGACUACCACAGCAGCUCCGACAACUACUGUCGCACCAGUUACCCGCUCGUGUGGCCAUGGUGUAGGUUUUGGUAUCGGCGGUGGAAUUGGCAUCGGUGGAUUCGGUUUGGGAGGUGGGCUAUUUGGAGGAGUCCGACCAGGCAUUGGAAUCGGAACGGGUGGCAACAUCCCAACGGGCGGACUCAUCCCGGGAGCGAUCAAUCUGGUAGGACGUGGCCUUAGCUCCGGAAUCAAUCUGGUCGGAAACGUGCUUGCGGCGAAGACCAAUUUCGAAGGACGUACACUCUACAACGGUGGUACCCUUGGUGGUGGCUUGGCACAGGCGGCUGGCAAUUUGGUCGGAGGUGCAGCAGCUGGUUUGGGCAAUGCAGUGGGCACCAUUCUCGGUGGAGUACCGCGCGUUGGAGGUUCUGCGACACUUAAUGCCGGUGCCGGUGUUGCCCUAAACACUGGAUUCCAGCGCCCGAUAGUGUAUGGUUAG